GUCAAGCUCUCAGCUGCUCCUCAGUGGGCGGGUCUUACCUGCACUAUAAAAAGCCAUGCAAGUUUCAGUGAUAGGGGAAGUGCGAAAUAUAUGACAGGAAACUGUUGAAUCUCUUCCCUAUCUGAAGAUGUCGAGGCUCACUCUGUGGUUGUCAGUCGGGGUGUUUGUGUGUGGAUUUGCUUCUUGCUAUAUCACAUGUCCUGAUGGGAGUACUUGCUCAGACUUCUCUACCUGCUGCAAGACUGAGCAUGGAUAUGGCUGCUGUCAGUAUCCAAAAGCGGUGUGCUGCACAGACAUGGCCCACUGCUGUCCGUCAGGGUAUCGCUGUAACCUGGUGACACAGCUGUGUGAGAAACUGGACCAGCCGUGGCUGAGCAUUCCCAUGGUGAAGAAGGAUGCUGCACAGAAACUCACAUAUCCUUUCCUCUAUAAGCCAGCGCUGCCUUCAGUACCUGCCUUUGUCAUCUCUAUGUCAGAGGACAAAGAGAGCAUGAAUGAGAUACCAGAACCAGCUCUAACACACGUCGGCUCCCCUGAGGCUCAAGUCAUUCGCUGUGAUUCUCUACAUUACUGCCAGGGGGGGAUGUCUUGCUGCCAGGCAUCCUCAGGCCAGUGGAACUGCUGUCCCUACCCACUGGGCCAGUGUUGUGCAGAUGGUCUGCACUGCUGUGAGUAUGGAUACACCUGCGAGGCCUCCUCCUUGAAAUGCAGAAAUUCUUACUCUUGAGAUUUCUCGGGGCUGCACAAAUAAUGUUGAAACACGAUGCUGAAUGUUGAAACUGCACUGUAACAGUUUAUAUAUUUUUUUAUUUUAUUUUAUUUUUUUAAACACUGUUACUUCAAGAUUUGUCAAGAUUUUGCUGAAAAUUAUUAGACACACUGCCACAUCUGAGAUAGAAGCCGAUCAGCCUCACAAGAAGACAGCGAGUGGGUAAUUGAUGUUAUAUCCACGUAAGAUUACUUUAAGGAAUCUGUUGGCUGUUUUGUGUUUAAAUUGAUGCUGCUGCGUCACUGGACAGUCACCAUUUAACUUCUGUUUUUUUUUUCUCACCAUUUAACUUCAGAAAUUAGCUUCACAAGAUUUCCUGCAACCAUUCAUUUCCACUGCGGUCAUGUUGAAAAUGUCUAAUGUCUGGAUUCUUUUCAUAAACUGAAAAAUCAAAGGCUUUUCUGCUGUUUUCAAGUCAAAUUGUGGCGUUUUUGUAUUGAAAGUUAAAAACAUCAGAGCAUUUCCAAAUAAAAAUGAUAGAAAUGUGGGUUUUCAUGCCGCAAAAUGUUGGUGUGUUGGUGUGACUGGUUGCAAGGUCACACUGCCACAUAAAGAAGUGGACGACUGGAAGGUGAAAGCUUUUUUCAAAAAAAUUAUUUAUUUUUGUGUGUUUUAUUCUUUCUUUUACUUUGUUUGUCUCCAAUACAAAUAUAACUUGCUGACCAACUGGAUACAGCAGCAGACAUGCUGAGUUUGAUGCAGAUUAGGCACCACUGCCGGGUUUCUGUGGGUGGCAGCAGAUUUAGAAUUAUGGAGAAAUCAAGAAGAAGCUGAUGGUGCAACACAGUUAGAUGAGGAAAGACAGUAACACAAUAGUGUUGGAGGAGGAAUGGUAAAGUUAUGGUAAAAAAAAAAUAGGGAAGUGAAACAAAGACAGGCUCCAUUUUACAGCCAACACUCAAAAACAUGUCAAAAGGAAGAAGUGUGGCAAUAACCAGUAAAGACUGGGUCUAUAUGGAGAGAAAAGUCUUACAAAGUGUAAACUAAGAUUUCCAGUGUGCAGUAAUUUGUGUGCAUUUUUUUUUUUGAGAGAUUCAUAGAGUUUUAUUAUGAGCUUGGAUUAAAAUAUAAAGACAUUAAAACAGUGCUUGGCUGUAGAGACAGUUUUAAUAUAA